AUGGCCGGCCACCGCGGAGGCUCGGCCUCGCCCUUCACCCUCGUCGAGUUCCUCAACAGGCUGGUGACCCUGCUGAGGGAUUUCUGUGGCCCCCUGAGCGAGAAAAAUGUGGGGCUGAACCUGGGGCUGGUGUGUGAGCUCCUGGAGGAGACCCUGGAUUUCGGGCACAUCCAGACCACGACCCCCGAGGUUCUGAGGAGCCUCGUGCAGGCCCAGCCCGAGACCCCCAAACCCUUCAACCUCCUGGACCUGGGCUCUGUGGGGCUGUUCGGGGCAGAGACGCAGCAGAGCCGGGUGGUCCUGGCGGCGGCCGCCAGACCCUCCCCUGCGGGGACCAGCCUUCCAAGCCCGAGGUUUUCAUCGAUCGUCGUGGAGCGGCUCUCGGUCGUCAUCGCCUCCAACGGGGACCCCCUGAGGGUCGAUGUGCAGGGACAGAUCCGGCUCAAGAGCUUCCUGCCCCCGGGAGGAGAGAUGAGGGUGGGGCUGACAGAGGAGUUCUGUGUGGGGAAGUCGGAGCUGAGGGGGUACGGGACCCCGGUGCGGGUGGACGAGUGUUCCUUCCACAGCUCCAUCAAACUCGACGAGUUCGGCUCGGGAGGGUCCUCAGGGUCACCCCACCCCGGAGAGAUGACGCUGAUGCAGUACCAGGUGGUCGAUGAAAUUCCAGCCCCGCUCCCCUUCCGCCUCUUCCCCACCCUGGAAAAAGACCCCGGGGGCAGGAUCCGCCUGUACCUGAAGCUCCGCUGUGACCUCCCCCCAAAAAGCCAAGCCUUGAAUGUGCGGCUGCAGCUCCCGGUGCCCAAGGGGGUCACCAGCCUGAGCCAGGAGCUGAGCAGCCCUGACCAGGUGGCCGAGCUGGAUUUGGACCAAAGCAUCCGCUGGAAAUCCCCAAAUUCCAGGGGGUCCCAACUUUCCGCCCUCUUCAAGCUGGAGGUGCCGUCCCUGUCCCCGGGGUGGCCCCUGGAGGUGGGUCCUGCCCACGCCUCGUUCGAGCUGCCGGCCCAGACGUGCUCCGGGCUCCGCGUGCGCUUCGUGCGGCUCUCGGGGCCCCCCGGGGCCCCCCCAGCCCAGCGCUGGGUUCGGUACCUCACCCACAGCGACUCCUACGUGCUCAGGAUCUGAGGGGGACCCCCCAGAACGCCCCAAAAUGCCCCAGAAUUCACCCCAAAUUCGCCCCCGAAACACAGGGGUUUGUGUUUUAACUUUGGGGUGAAAACGGCACUAAAUGGGAAAAAAACCC